UGGAGACGCGUCCAGACACCGGGGACAUGGCCACCCUUGGGAAGCUUCAGAGCCGUCUGGCCGAUCGGACCAUGGAAUAUUUCCAAAAAUGCAGAGAUGCUGAGGAGAACAGACUGAAGGAAUAUAACGCAGCGGUGGUCAUCCAGAGCUGGUUUCGGGGGUGCAGGGUUCGUGCCUAUCUCAGAUACCUGAACAGAAUGGUGACUGUGAUUCAGAAAUGGUGGCGUGGGUAUCAAGCAAGAAAAUAUUUCAGGAGCAAAGUAAAGACGGCGUACUUUAUUAUGAAGAUGAAUUUCUACAAUGAAAUGGCUGUCAGGAUUCAAAAAAGAUGGCGAGGAUAUCACACCAGGAAAUAUGUCCACAAUUACUAUGCCCUGAAGAAGUAUUUGGAAGGUGUCGCCAUGAAAAAUUACUUCGUAAGGAAAGAACUGGAGGAAUACACCGAAAUGAGAAGUAAAGAAAAACUGAAAAGAGAUUUGGAGACUGCGGAGCGUGUGAAGGAACGCCGGGCUAGAAAGAUGCAUCACCUCCUGAGUACUGAGCAGAUCCCAGGUGUCUACAAUUCACCCUAUAGACAAUAUCCGGAUGAAAUGGAGUUUCGGCUACAAAGAGCAAGACCUCUGAGCCAUCGAGAACAUCCAGAGAAGGACAACAAUGGGGACUUUGUGGAUUGGUCAGAUUGCAGACACCCCUAUUCAUUCCCAAUCACCCAACCUCUUCCUCCGAUUGGCAAAAAGAAACCACAGGGUCCAUUCCGUGACCCAGCUGAAGUACUUCAACAACGCUACAAGCCUUUGGAGCCAACCCUAAGAGUAGCAACAUCAUUCAGUUCCCUGGAAGAGGCCCGAGAAGAACUGAAGAGACAAGAAUGGACGAAGGGUUUCCAGGAAGACAGGUUUGCUCCAUUCUCCUCCUUCCAAAAAAAUAAACCCUAUGAGUCUCUACUCCAUACUUCAACUGAAUACAAGCAGAUUCCUUACAGCGAUCAACGCUUUCGAGAUGAAGAUUCAGUCAAAUGGAUUUCACGCAAGGACUUCAAAACCAUCUUUACACCCAUCCUGCUCUUUGACAAGUAUGGCCGCACAUACUCCAAAGCUGGACAAGCCGUAUAAUGCUUUGUGCUUACAAUGAAGUCAUACGGGAAAAUGCACAAGUUACUACCAAAGAAGCAGCAAU